UCGCGUUUGGCUUAGUGGAAGAGCGCCUACUUAUGCGCUUCUCCUUCUCGGCUGCUCGCUCCCCAGGGACGGAGUAUCAACUCCCAGCCUGGUACUUUAUUAGUCAAUUUUUUUUCUUUUUAACCUUGAAAACGACGUCGUUUUCUCUCCUCCUUUUCUCUGCAAAUUCCCCCCUCUUCCCCAAUUCCACUUUUAAUUUUAAUUUUGGAAAUUGGAACCCUAACUCCAUGCCUGAAGCUGCCCAAUCUGCCGUUCUUCACUUCUUCUGCGACUCUGCGAGACCGCCGACCAACCGCCGCCCGCUAGCGACGGGCGACCUGCGUCAUCUUCUUCCCGCCGCCCGCCAGACCGUCUCCAGACUUUGUCACUCCCGUCAGCGACUCAGGGGGAUUUCCACCAAGUUCCUCGUCCUCUUUCUUACCUUUGUGUUAUCGGUUCUUUUUCUAGUUGCCAUCCCAGAUGGAGUGAUGGCACAAAGAGAUAAUGGGUGCAAGACAAUAAACCAAUUUUGCGGGGGUAUUGUGGGAUUUCCAUGCUGCAAGGGACUAAAUUGCAAGCUCGAAGGCAAUUUCCCUGAUGCUGGUGGUGUUUGUGUCCGCCCCCGCCUUUAAUUAGACAAAUUCCGUCCACAUUUGACACCACUUUUGACAUUACAGUAUUUCACAAACAUACACAGAUAUAAUAAAUGUUUGAAUGUGUAUAUAUAUAUACUUAAAGUGUUAAAAGAUAGUGUCAAAUAUGAGUUCGUGAGGUUCUACUAUCUAUAGAAGGCGCCUGGAAUGAAGAAGCGACCAAACACUUUGGUAUUGGAUGGGUGUUAAUGUGUUAUUGUUCUUUCAUAUUGAAUAAAACUAUUUGUGUUGU